GAGGGUAGCAACAGUUGCCUUGAGACCCCGCCGCGCCAUAGUGACUGUAGCCCUGGAGACAGUUACUUGCCAACGGGAGCAACACUCAUCAAACAGCGGCAGCAGCAUCUGGACGGACGGCACCGGGCGAGUGGAGGACACCGAGCCGAGCGGAAGUUCCUCUCAACACCAAGCAUGCAGAGCUCCGAGGGAGGGUCCGACUCCACGACCAGCGUGGCAGCGCUGCGCACGUCGUCCUCAGCCCAGGCUCCUGUGGUACAGCCUGUCCCGGCCUCACAGCAGAGGGUGCUGGUUCAAGCCACAGGCUCAGCUCAGAAGGGAGGACAAGUACAGCAGCUUUCAGUACCCAGGGUUCAACAGGUCACUCAGCAGGUGCAGCAGGUGCAGCAUGUUUACCCGUCCCAGGUUCAAUAUGUAGGAGAAAGUGGAGACACUGUUUACACCAAUGGAACCAUCCGAACGGCCUACUCCUACAACCCCGACGCCCAGCUCUACGGGCAGAGCAGCGGGGGAACCUACUUUGAUUCGCAGGCCGGCGGAGCUCACGUCACCACGGUGGUCUCCUCCGCCAGCAGUGGGGUCCCCUCUCACGGCAUGGUGGGCAUCGCCAUGGACGUGGGCAGCAGCCACAUCAUCUCCAGUGGCAGCACCUACCUGAUCCAUGGAGGAAGCAUGGAGGGAAGCCGCAACCACAUUUCCCACUCGUCACGCUCCUCCUCAGCUAUGCUUGAAAUGGCGAUUGAAAACCUCCAAAAGUCUGAAGGAAUUGCGAGUCACAAAAGCAGCCUGCUCAACAGCCAUCUGCAGUGGCUCCUGGACAACUAUGAGACAGCGGAGGGAGUCAGUCUGCCCCGGUGCUCCCUGUACAACCACUACCUGCGGCACUGUCAGGAACAGAAACUGGAUCCGGUCAACGCGGCCUCCUUCGGCAAACUCAUCCGCUCGGUCUUCAUGGGCCUGAGGACCCGCCGCCUCGGCACCAGAGGCAACUCUAAGUAUCAUUACUAUGGCAUCAGGGUGAAGCCAGACUCACCACUCAACCGGCUGCAGGAGGACACCCAGUACAUGGCCAUGAGGCAGCAGCCUGUCCACCAGAAACAGAGGUUCAAACCCCUGCAGAAGGUGGAUGGGAUGUCUGACAGCCUGUGUGGGAGCUCUCAGAAUUGUAGCAGCACUCCAGAGCAGUCGGUGGCUGCUCAGAGCCAACAUCACCAGCAGUACAUAGAUACAUCCCACACCUUGCCUCCGUUUCCCACCCCCGACUUGGGCACCCAGCCUCUGCCUGAGCGCAUGAACUUGAAUGAUAUCAAGAAGCUGCAGACGCUCUACAGAGACCACUGUGAGGCUACUCUGGACGUGGUGAUGAACCUCCAGUUCCACUACAUAGAGAAGCUCUGGCAGACCUUUUGGUAUUCAACAGCGCCAUCUAGUGACGGAAACACAAGCAUCGCCAACAGUGACGAGGACCCGGAAGGUGUGAUCCCCAGAGACAAGCUGGUGUCUCUGUGUAAAUAUGAACCCAUCAGACUAUGGAUGAGAAGCUGUGAUCACAUCCUGUACCAGGCUCUCGUGGAGAUCCUGAUCCCUGACGUCCUGCGUCCUGUUCCCAGCACUCUCACUCAGGCCAUUCGUAACUUCGCCAAGAGUCUGGAGGGCUGGCUGACCAACGCCAUGACCAGCUUCCCUCAGGAGAUCAUCCGCACCAAGGUGGCCGUGGUCAGUGCCUUCGCUCAGACUCUGAGACGUUACACCAGUCUGAACCACUUGGCCCAGGCCGCCCGGGCCGUCCUGCAGAACACCUCCCAGAUCAACCAGAUGCUGUCCGACCUCAACAGGGUGGACUUCGCGAACGUCCAGGAGCAGGCGUCGUGGGUGUGUCAGUGUGACGAGAGCGUGGUGCAGCGUCUGGAGCAGGACUUCAAAGUCACCCUGCAGCAGCAGAGCUCCCUGGACCAGUGGGCGACCUGGCUGGACAACGUGGUCUCUCAGGUGCUGAAGCCGCACCAGGGCAGCCCCAGCUUCCCCAAGGCCGCUCGGCAGUUCCUGCUCAAAUGGUCUUUCUACAGCUCCAUGGUGAUCAGAGACCUCACUCUGCGGAGUGCGGCCAGCUUCGGCUCCUUCCACCUGAUCCGUCUCCUGUACGACGAGUACAUGUUCUACCUGGUGGAGCAUCGAGUGGCUCAGGCCACCGGAGAAACUCCCAUCGCUGUCAUGGGCGAGUUCAGUGACCUGACCUCCAUGAUGCCUUCACUCCUGGAGAAAGACGCCUCCUUCUCUGACGAGAUGAGUGACCUGGGCAGCGACGCCGACACCUCCAGAGAACCCACUGAGCCGGCUGUAAAGAGAGAGAGGAUCGACAUGAGCCACCCUCUGCAGGAGAUGUGAGUCCAGUCCGGACAGGAAGCCACGAGGACCAGCCCCCCCCCCCCCCCGGCUCCAAGAGGUGACCCUGCCGGGGCCUUAUGGGACACAAGUGGCUUUUUUAAGCCGAGCACAACUCAUCCCUCUGCAGCCGGUGUGUGCAGUGUACAUAGAGAGUAGCAAUG